UAAAAUAGUUUGGUGCUAUUUUUCAGUUCAUACAAACGAUGCACUGAAGUGAUCAGACAUUUUUAUUCUAUUGUCAUUGUGUUUAACAAAAGCAUACUACAAAGAUAUUGUACUUAAAUUAUAAAUAUAUAUACAUUCAUUUCACUACAGCGACAAGAAAAGAAAUAAUAACAAGCAUCUAAAAACACAAUGUAUGCAUAUUGUUUAAAAAUAUUCCCUAUUUUUUCGAAUCUACUUCAACAUAAACGGUGUAUUCAGUUAAAACAAACAAUAUUUCAAUAUUUAAGCGUUUUAUCCUUUGUCAUAACAUUUGUAUUCUGUGCAACAACAUGCUGGUUAAUAUGGAUUUAUUCAAUAAUUAAAUUAUUUAAAUUAUCCUAUACAAUUGGUAAUGAAUUCAUGAAAAAUAAAGAGUUAAUGAAUAAUCCUUAUGAAAUAAUUAAUCAUGAAGAAGUACUGCAUUCAAUGAAGCAUUUUUUGGCCUUAUUUAUAUUCGUUACAACCUAUUGGAUAUAUUGGCGAAUUGAUAAAGGCGCUGAAGAAAGAGGUGGUCAUCCAAAAAAAUUUAUUCGAAAUUUAAUUAUUUGGAAGUAUUUAGCUAGUUAUUUCCCUAUAAAACUUGUACUGAGUGAAUUAUGCAACAGUGAUGCUCAUGGACAACUACAAACUGAAGUCAAUGCAACUAGUAGUAGUGAAACGAGCGAUAACAAUCAAGACUAUUCAAUAGAUAGAAAAGAAUUAGCCUGUGUAAAAGAAUUAUUCCCUACAACUAAAAACUAUCUAGUUGGUUAUCAUCCGCAUGGAAUAUUUGGUAUUGGUUCUUUUGUGAAUUUUUUAACUGAAGCCAAUCAAUUCAGUGCCAGAUUCCCAGGAAUCACCCCAUGGGUAACAACAUUGGAAAUUAAUUUCAAGGCACCAUUUCAUCGUGAUUUGUUUCUGCGUUUUAAUCUUGUGGCAGCUACAUACAAAGGAAUUUCUUAUCUCCUUGAUCCUGAACAAUGUGGAAAUACAGGAAAUUUUGUUGUAGUUGUUUUAGGCGGUGCUCCUGAAGCAUUAGACUCUCGCCCUGGAAAAUAUGUUUUUCAUACUAAUCGACGAUAUGGUUUCUUUAAAUUAGCAAUGCUAACAGGAUCAGAUCUAGUACCAUGUGUAUCAUUCGGUGAACCAAAUAUGUAUAAACAAGUACAUAAUCCUGAGGGGAGUUGGCUGAGACGCUUUCAAAAUCGAUUUACAGAAAUGGCAACAUUCUCACCACCAUUGUUUUAUGCUCAUUAUCUAAUACCUUAUCGUACAAGUGUCAAUACUGUUAUUGGACGACCGAUACCCUGUAAGAAGAAUCUGAAUCCGACUAGAGAAGAAGUCUCAAUGCUUAAAGAAUUAUACCUGAAAGAAUUACAAAAUCUUUAUAAUAAAUACAAGCCAAUCUAUGAUCCCGAUGGUGAAUUAACAUUCGUCUAAAAUGCACAGAUAAACCUGUUUUUUUUCUUCUCGUUUUUGUGUAGUUUAAUCUGAACAAAAGAUACAUGUAUUUCAACAGUAACACGCAUUAUUUGAUUUCGACUUCUUCUUUUGGUUAUAAUUAUUUUGUAUAACUUUACCUACAUAAUAAUAAUUUAAAAAAUGAUUUAAAAGUAC